ACAAAUUUUCUAUAAUGUCCCUAAGUACAAUUUGCAGCAAGCGUGUAAGCGACGACCUCCAAUCUGUUAGGAUAACCCAGACGUCUGAUAUAGUAUCCGUCGAGGAGGUUCCUGUCCCCGUUUUGGCUCCAUUCACAAAAGAUUCAUUCAUGAAUCUACGUAAGAAGCUUUCUCCAUCCGAAUAACAGUUUUUCGUACAAUCGGCAAUCGCCAGUUUGGCCAAGGGCUUUCCCUGAUAUCAUCGUGUUCUGGGUGGAGACUAAAGGCGAUGACGUAAUUGAGACACAGAAGGGGUGUAGAAUACAUACGGGGCGGCCGUAACAAACGUGGAGGAGGAACACGUUGGCGGUGACGGGUACCAAUGGUGGUGGACACAGGGAGAACCUCUUGGUGGUACGGAAGAAGAACGUGGAAGAGGGGUGAGUGGUUGCGGUAUAAAUGUGGCCCGCGCAAGCUCCACCAAUCACUCGCCCUCUGACCUCCAAACUUCAAGCUCCCACGGGUACCAAACACCCCCUCCUUAACGUUCACGUUGAGAUUUCGAAAGUAACCAGCCCCAUUUCGCCAACGAAGACGCUCGUUGCCUCGUGGAUCCUCUCGUGCUCCGUCUACUCUUCAGCAUCUUCGGCACCUCUCCGAGUUAUUUAUCUUUUCGACCGAGUAUCUUCAGGAAACGCAAAAUAGUUCAAUUGUUUCUUCGACCUCCGAUAACAUCGCUCUAUCUCUUCGUAGACAUGACAACGCUUCUACGUGUCUGACCAUACACGCCCAUUUCCACUGCGGGAAUGAACAAGAAAAUUCGUAGCAGACAAAAGGAAAGGAGGAACCUUAAAUAUUCAACCGAUCCCACAAAGCCUUGAAUGAUAUAUUUUCCGAUAAAUUGUACUGAAGUUACGCAUUAUGUUAAUAUCGUUCGUUGAAUCGUUAUUGCGUAGCAUCCCUCGAGCAAACAAUGAACGCGAUGGUUCCACGAAAAAGGCGGUAAUUGAUACUGUCCCGCUGAAAGUGGAAAGAGGGCGAGUAACUUUGUUGCGAAAGCCUCUGAAAAACGUGUCCCUUUGAUAAUGAAAUUUUUCCUAUAAAUUAUUGACGGUAACUAUUUUCAUGUUUCGAUUAAUCAACGAUGUAACAAAGCAUAUUUUUGAUGAAGUCAAAUUAAAUUAGAAGAAACAUAUACUCGAGUUUCAAUUAGAUUAGCAUACGAAGUUCAUAAUGAAUGAUAAACUCGUGCUUCACAUUCGGACAUAUAGUGUUGUUGACACGACGUAUUUCUUAAUGAAGAGAUAGAAGGCUAUGGGAUUCAUUCAACGAUGCAUGGUGAUUCUUGCUAUUUUCCUCUGUUAUUUUCAUGUUCGGAGCGAAAGUGUGGACUGCGAGAUGUAUCCAUUUCAUCACACGUGCAGAGGUACCAUGUCAAGGAAACGCGCAAUGUUUCCAACCAUGUUUAGUGCAGGCUGCGACGAAAACAAGCCAAGUUUAAACUGUAUUCGGGAAUUUGAAGAACGACAACGUAUUCCUUAUAUUCCACUGUCGAAAUCGAGACUCUUGGUUGCUUUAUUGAACAACAAUUUUCAGAAGGAGAUGGCGCGUUCGACACAUCAUAAACAAAGGAACAAUGAAAUGGAUGAACGAACGCCACCCCUAAUGGACAGCUUUCUGUCAGAGUUGGAAUCAUCGGACAACUAUUAAACAAGACUCAAUCGGGAAAUAAAUAUUUACUUGACUCGUGGAAACAUUUUUCAUUCACUGAACGUUUGGAAAUGUGUAUUUUAUCCUAUUUCUAUAUCGUUUAUAUGAAAUAAAAUUCCUUUCCUGUCUUGUUCUUCUUUCCUUCUCGUAUUUUUUCAACCUAUUCUUUCGUUCGUAUCACUUCUACAUAUUUGUUUGUCGCUAUUGAAUAUAAUUAUAAUUGAGCCACUGUAUCCUGUAUUGUUAAUUGAUAAUACAUCAUGUGCUAUAGCAUCAAGAGAACACAGUUGAGAUUCAAAGCGAUUCCUUGGAAAUAUCCUAUCGAGAAGAAGACACGAUAUUAAUUUCUUGAUAAUUUUAUUUUACAUUUUUAACGUGACUGAAAUUCGUUACGAAUAUUUACUACGAUCGACGAUCGUUAGCUACUAAGCUCUUGUAUAUACACCUUAAAACGAUUAAUGAUGACUAUUUUCAUUAUGUUAACAAUAAAUAUAUAUAUUAAAAUCAUCAGUAUACAAUUUUGUAUAUUUUUAAUACGUUUAAAAGAUGCGUCGCAUGAAAUCAGUAACAUAGCUCGUACAUUCAAAUUUUCCAAUUGCUAUCACUGUAUGUAUGUACUUAUUCGUAAAAUUAUAUGUAAUAAACACGCGAGAAAUAAAAAAUUGACAAUACGCGGUUUUAUGAUUGUUGUUCCUUUUUAAUAUAACUAUAAUGAAUACCAAAAAAGAUGCAGGAAGUAGAAAUGUAUAGAUAAUGAUAAUAAAUAUUUGACUUCUCAGACUUCUUUUUU